GUUAAUAUCCUCGUCACAAAAACCCAACAACAACAACAACAGGAAUGGAAACCGGCGAUUUGGAGGAAAUCGAGCAAAUCAGCGAAGACGAGCAAAAGUACAAUUCCAACGAAUUGGACACCGAAAUCCAAUUAAUUCCCGUCCAACUAAUUCAAUCAUCUUCAAACGUCUCGGUAGGCGUGAGCCCCAGAGGUAAAUAUUACAAACAAACCUAUCGACCCGCCUGGGAACACAUGCCCGAUUUCAGGGGUUGGCUUCGAGGAGUCGAAGGGGAACCCCGAAGAGCUUUUUGUAUUUAUUGCCACAAAACGUUACACGCCCAUCGAUUGAGCCUCCUAAAACACACCUGCACGAUUCGCCAUCAGAAAGCCGCUCAAGUACACAAUUCGCGAAAGAACAAAUUAAAAGAGGAAACGAACGAAGAAGCUGUGGGUAACGAAGAAGACGAACGAGAAGCUCUAUCGAACGAAGGCGAUAACGAACAAGAAAUGUACAAUGAAGAGGAAUUGGAGGAUGAAGAACGCGAAGAGGAUGUACAACAAACCUCCGAUAAUACCAACGAUAAAAAUGUUCAACAAAAAGGGGUCACCGAUAAACCUCCGAUUACCACACAAGUCACCGAUACGACUAAAGGUAAACCGAUAUCGGGUUUGCAAGUGAGUUUGUACAAAUUAAUCGAUGGAAGAUGGACUUUCGUCAACGAAGGUUCGACUGACUCGUCGGGAAAAUUCAAUCAAUUUAUAAACAGAAACGAUUUCACGACGGGCAGAUACAAAUUGCAUUACGAUGUCGAUAGAUAUUUCGAAUCCAAACGAAUGGAAACCAUUUAUCCGUUUAUCGAGGUGGUGUUCGAUGCAGGAGUGUUUACGGAAACCUAUCAGAUGAUGUUGUUGUUGAGUCCUUUUAGUUACACUACGUUUAGAGGUUCUUGAAUUUUU